GUCGCUUCAAACAAAAAGUAUUGCGUAACAGCUUGAUGGUUGCCAUGCUGUGCCAGCAAAAAUAGUUCCAACUGAGAACGGCAACUGCUAAGGCUGAUACAUCAUGCUCAUGUUCAUUUAGGGAAAUAACUAAUGUUAUCUGGUUUCAUGCUGUAGCAGCUCAACAUAUAAACCUUGAGAGUAACAGGGUUUUGUCCUACCUUGUACCUGGAACCAAGCUAUCGGUUACUAUAUAUCACUUGUCUUUCUGCUACUCUUCUGCAAACUAGUGCAAGACUCACAAGAACAAAGGCAUUAUGGAAGAAAAGGACUGCCCCGUCGAAUCCUUCAAACACGAGGAUGACAAGAAAAGCACACCACCAGAAAUAGCAGUUGCUGAUGAACCGUUCCCAUUCUUCGGCCUGCUUUGCUACGCCGAUGCGCUAGAUUGGCUGCUCAUGGUAUCAGGGACAAUUGGGUCCUUCGUACACGGCAUGGCACCUGCAAUGUCAUAUUACAUACUUGGCAAAGCUGUCGAUAUGUUUGGGGACAACAUAGGCAAUCGGGAGGCAAUUGUCCAUCAACUUACUAAGUUACUUCCAUAUAUGUGGUCCUUGGCAAUUAUUACACUUCCUGCUGGAAUGAUUGAAAUUACAUGUUGGAUGUACACAAGUCAGAGACAAAUGACACACAUGCAGAUGGCAUAUCUGGGAUCAGUACUCAGUCAAGAUGUCGGAGCUUUUGACACCGACUUAACCACCGCGAACAUCAUGGCCGGAACAACUAAUCACAUGAGCGUCAUAAAAGAUGCAAUUGGAGAGAAGAUGGGUCACUUUAUUUCUAAUUUCUCCACAUUCCUAGUCGCUGUCAUUGUUGCUUUUGUGUGCUGCUGGGAGGUGGGUAUGCUCUCUGUGUUAGUUGUUCCGAUGCUUCUUGUGGUUGGAGCAACAUAUGCUAAAACAAUGAUUGGCAUGUCGAUGACAAGGACAGCUUUGGUCUCUGAAACAACCACUGUUGUGGAACAGACUCUUUCACAUAUCAAGACUGUCUUCUCAUUUGUUGGAGAAAACUCGGCGAUGAAAUCCUUUGUGAAAUGCAUGGACAAGCAAUACAAGUUAAGCAAGAAAGAGGCAUUCAUAAAAGGACUAGGUUUGGGAAUGUUACAGAUUGUAACUUUCUGUUCGUACUCACUGACAAUCUAUGUUGGAGCAGUAGCAGUAACUAGAAGAUCCGCGAAAGCGGGUGAGACAAUUGCGGCUGUUAUUAACAUCCUCUCCGGUGCAAUAUAUCUCUCAAAUGCAGCUCCAGACCUUCAGAUCUUCAGUCAAGCAAAAGCUGCUGGUAAAGAAGUGUUUAAGGUUAUCAAAAGAAAUCCAGUGAUAAGUUCUGGAUCAAAUGGAAGAAUAUUGGAGAAGGUCAUUGGUGACAUUGAAAUACGAGAGGUGCAUUUCACAUAUCCAUCCCGUGAAGAUAACCCAAUUCUCCAAGGUUUCUCACUGGCUGUACCGGCAGGCAAAAUUGUGGCUCUUGUCGGGAGUAGUGGAUGUGGGAAGAGCACUGUGAUUUCUUUGGUUCAGAGGUUCUACGACGCAAUGUCAGAUUUUACUUGUGUUUGUAAUACAGUGUGGAAUGCAGGUGACAUAUUAAUUGACGGUCAAAACAUGAAGGAACUUGAUCUGAAGUCCCUGAGGAGAAAUAUAGGUUCAGUGUCUCAAGAACCAUCACUCUUUUCUGGUACUAUUUCUGAUAAUUUGAGAAUUGGCAAAAUGAGUGCAACUGAUGAAGAGGUCACUGAAGCAGCAAAAACAGCUAAUGUGCACACCUUUAUUUCCAAACUUCCAAACCAAUACUCAACUGAGGUAGGAGAAAGAGGUGUGCAACUAUCAGGAGGCCAGAAACAGAGAAUAGCGAUCGCAAGGGCUAUUCUAAAAAAUCCUCCAAUUCUUCUGCUUGAUGAAGCCACAAGUGCUCUUGAUUCAGAAUCCGAGAAGCUAGUUCAGGAUGCUCUUGACAGAGCUAUGCAAGGGAGAACUGUCAUCUUGAUUGCCCACAGAAUAUCAACAAUUAUAAACGCGGACAAGAUUGUUGUUGUGGAGAAUGGAAGAGUAGCUCAUUCUGGAACUCAUAGAGAAUUGCUGGAGAAAAGUGCAUUCUACUCGAGUGUAUGUAACAUGCAGAAUCUGGAGAAGGAAUCUGGCCAGAGUAGAGACAGAAUCACUGAACAAGACGAAGAAGAACAAGACAACAAGCCAUCUUUCACUGCAGAUGAUAAAGAGAAGAAAAUUGAAUUGACCUCAAAGCAACCGAAGCAAGGGGCCAGAAAGAGAACAUCUGCUUUCUACAGAAUAUUUCUUCGAACAUUUAAACUUGUGCCUGGUAAAGUUCUGCUGGGUUCUACAGCAGCAGCAGUCUCUGGGAUCUCGAGGCCUAUAUUUGCUUUCUUCAUUAUAACGGUUGCCAUGGCAUACCUGGAGACAGAUGCGCAGAGAAUAGUUGGCAAAUACUCGCACUAUAUUUAUGGCCUGGUCGGUGAAAGGGCGAUAAAUAACCUAAGGGAGGCCCUCUUUUCAGUCGUUCUUCGGAGCGAAGUAGGUUGGUUCGAAGAACCCGGGAACAGCGUCGGCUUCCUGACCGCACGUGUUGUCAGCGACACCUCAAUGAUCAAAACGGUUAUAUCCGACCGGAUGUCCGUCAUCGUUCAGUGCAUCUCUUCCAUCCUGAUAGCAACGGUGUUAAGCACAGCAGUGAACUGGAGGAUGGCUCUAGCCGUAUAUGCUAUGAUGCCAUGCCACCUAAUCGCCGGCCUCGUACAAGUCAGGUCAGCGAAAGGCUUUGCCACUGACAAUUCCACUUCCCACCAGAAGCUCAUCUCGCUCACCUCAGAGGCCGUCAGCAACAUCCGCACCGUGGCGUCUUUCGUUCAGGAAGAGGAGAUACUCAGGAAAGCGGACUUGGCACUUCAAGAACCGAUGCAGACUAUCAGGAUGGAGAUCAUCAAGUACGGGGCGUUGCAGGGGGCUGCCCUCUGCCUAUGGCACAUGACGCACGCCAUCCAGUUGAGCUGCAGCAUUGCGCUGAUUGGCAAUGGACUGGCAACGUUUGAAAACUGUGUACGGUCAUACCAGACGUUCGCGCUGACGGUGCCUUCCAUCACGGAGCUAUGGACCUUGAUCCCUAUGGUCAUGUCGGCGCUCGCGGUACUGGACCCUGCGCUCGACAUUCUUGACAGAGAAACAACGAUUGUGCCGGAUGUACCAAAAGUAUCUCAUGAUGAAGAAGACACAAUUGUGGGUGGCGUCGCGUUUGAAGGCGUCAGCUUCAGCUAUCCCUCCAGAGCAAAGGUGGCCAUUCUGGAUGGCUUCAGUCUCGCCAUUGAGCCAGGCCAGAGGGUCGCCUUGGUCGGCCCGAGCGGCGCCGGGAAGUCCACGGUGUUCGCGCUCCUGCUAAGGUUCUACGAGCCUAGCCAAGGAAGAGUGCUCGUGGACGGUAAGGACAUCAGGGGCUACAACCUGAAGUGGCUGAGGAGGCAGAUAGGGCUGGUCCAGCAGGAGCCGAUCCUGUUCAACCUGUCCAUCAGGGAGAACAUCAGCUACGGCAACGAAGGCGCGUCGGAGGCGGAGAUAGUGCAGGCCGCGACGGAGGCCAACAUCCACGAGUUCAUCAGCGGCCUGUCGGCGGGGUAUGGCACCGUGGUCGGGGACAAAGGGAGCCAGCUUUCCGGGGGGCAGAAGCAGAGGAUCGCCAUCGCCAGGACCAUUCUGAAGAAGCCUGCCAUACUGCUGCUGGACGAGGCGACCAGCGCCCUGGACGGCGAGUCCGAGAGGGUGGUGAUGAGCUCCCUGGCCGCGAAGGGGUGGGGGAAGAGCAGUAUCGGCGAGGUGUCGUCGAGCACGACCACGAGCAUCACGAUCGCGCACCGGCUGUCCACGGUGGCGAACGCGGAUGUGAUCGUCGUGAUGGAGAAAGGUGCGGUGGUCGAGAUGGGCAGCCAUGAGGCGCUGGUCUCUGGGAGCAAUGGUGUUUACUCGCGGAUGUACCGUGUGCACGUCAAAGGGGCGAAGGACUGAGUUUCUUUGCAUGGGUUUCUGAUAUGGCUGCAGCAUUAUUAGAAAUUAAAGCAUCGAAAAUUCUAGACUAACGGACUAAUACAGGGUUUUACGGGUUUUACUCUGUGUUAUAACAAUUUAAGCAUCAUUUGCUAAGUUUAGGUCUUAUC